GGCUCGCUUCUCUGACAACAGACUUGAGCGCCAGACAACGUUAUCUGUCCGGUGUCCGAGGAAAGUGCGCGUGUAUUUCUUUAUCUCUGUUUAAAAAAAAAGGCGAUUUUACAAAGUUAAUUGAUCGUGUAUACAGCUUUUGCAUUUCGAAGAUAAAUAACUGUUAAGAAAACAGAAGAUUUUAAUUUGAAUAUCUCACUUUAUUGCAGGCAUUGGUACAAGUCGUCGGUGUUGUUUGCUGGCACUUUAAGUAAACAUUCGGCUUCGUCGGAUUUCUGGUUGGAAAACUUUGCGGUGUUUCGGUUAAUUAGAUUUGUAUUUGUUUAAUUUAAAAAAAAGUAAACAAAAAACUAGAAGGAGAUAUGAUUGUUUUCAAAGAUCCUUCGCUGCCAGAUUUCUUUUCUUAAUAUUUUAAACAAGUUUUCAUUGUGUUAUUUAGACUUUUUGCAAUACUGGUUUUACGUUUUAAAAUUUUAUUAAUGAAGAAUGCCUGAAAUAAAAAUCCAGCACGUCGUUUCUUGCAGUAGCGAAGAUUUGACUUACAAAGCAGACAACCUGUUAAAGGCUGACACCUAUAGAAAAUGGAAGGCUGCAAAACCUGGAGAAAAGCAGAUAUCGGUCAUUUUGCAGUUUGAGAAGUCUGAACAAAUCCACAGUAUUGACAUUGGGAAUGAGGGUUCUGCCUUUGUGGAGGUGCUUGUAGGGAAUUCAACAUGUGUGAAAGAUCAGGACUAUGAGGUUAUACUGGUGACCUCUUCUUUCAUGUCCCCAAAUGAGAGUCGAAAUGGAACCAACUUGAAUCGUGUGCGAAUGUUUGGACCAGACAAGUUAGUGAAGACAAAUGUGGACAAGAAGUGGGACCGUGUCAAGAUUGUCUGCACACAGCCUUAUAACAAGAGUACCACAUAUGGAAUUUCUUUUAUAAAAUUUCAUUCACCUCCUGAUCCAAACGAAGUUUUGAAAUCCUCUCCACCAAAGCUUACAAAGUUGGGGCAGUUUAUAGUGAAAGAGGAAGAGCAGGGUACCCCCCCUUUAAAGCCUGGAAGUAUUUUUUUCAACAAGAAGCCCCAAUCCUCUCCAACAUCUAUAAAUCAGAAUGAUAAACCCACUCCAAGCUAUGCAGCUGCUUCUCUUCAGUCAAUAGGCUUGCGGUCAAACAGCUCUUCACCAGUAGCUGCUGAGAAGCCAGCAAGCCUUGCAGCUACAGCACCAAAGGAUUCAACACCAGGAAAGAGAAAGUUUGAAUUCACUAAAGAACGACAGGCAGCCCCUCCGCCUCCUACGAAGAAGCAGCAUUCACAAGAUGUGGAAGAAAGUAGUUUGCCAAAAGCCACAUUAACAAACUCUGUUCCCAAAAAGACUAAAGGCGAGACUCCUUCCCCCUCACAAAAUAAAUCACCAAAGGAAAAGAAAAUGGCAAGCAAGCCUCCAAAGUCUGACGUAGUAGAGUUCCACCGAAUCUUGGAAGGCACUGUGUUUGUACUCAGUGGCUUCCAGAAUCCUUUUAGAGCUGACCUGCGGGACAAGGCUUUGGCCAUGGGAGCCAAAUACAGGCCGGACUGGACUCCAGACAGCACUCAUCUCAUUUGUGCAUUUUCAAACACCCCCAAGUACGGCCAAGUGAAAUCCCAAGGUGGCAAAAUUGUAAGGAAAGAAUGGAUAAUGGACUGUCACAAGAGGAAACAGAGAAUUUCUUACAAACAUUACCUUAUGGAUGGAGCAGAAUCAAGCUCAGAGGAAUCCGAAAAUGAGGAUGGAAUUACAGAUGAGGAUGAUGACCCACCUAAGCACAAAACUCCUAUCAAACAGAAGGUUAUUUCUCCUAGUGUUGGGUCUGCAAAGUCCAAACAUAAUAAAGUCUCACAGCCAGCAAUUUCAGAAAAACCAGGUCCCUCCAAGCCUAUGGAAUCCAAUGCUUCCAGAAAUCCAGAAGACAAUCAUGAGAUGGCAGGAUCAUCAGAUGAAGAUCAAGCAGGAAAUCAUGCAGGCAGUGAAAGUGACUCUGGAAUGGACACAGAAGAUGAACUUAGAAGAGUGGAAGAGCAAAACCGAAAGAAAAUGCAAGAUGAGGAUCCAUAUGGUGCAUCAACAGAUGAAAACAGCGACCUGGAGGAGUCUUCAGACACACCAGAUGUGAACCUACCAAUCCCCGAGUUACCAGACUUUCUCACAGGAAAGCAUUUUCUUUUAUAUGGUGAAUUCCCAAAUGGCGAGAGGCGUAUGUUGAACCGAUACAUCACAGCUUUUAACGGAACCAUUGAAGAAUACAUGAAUGAAAAAGUCCAAUUUGUAAUAACAGCUCAGGACUGGGAUGACAAAUUUGAAGAUGCACUGAUUGAGAAUGCAAAUCUCUCAUUUGUAAAACCUCGCUGGAUCUAUGCUUGCAAUGAUCGGCAAAAAUUAAUUCCUCAUCAGCCUUACGUCGUAGUGCCCCAAAUGUAGCAAGGCAGAAGAAAUGGUAAUGUGAGAGCACUGGACUUGAUGUCACUGUCUGAUUUGACUUGACUUGUGAAACACCACCAGCAGCAUAUGCAAAUCUUAAAACGGUGAUCUCUGGCAUUGUUUGGUUUUUUUUAUUUUAUUUUAUUAUUAUUUUUUUUAUUUUAUUUUUUUUUAACAAUUCUUCAUCUUUGAAGUUCUGUUUGUAUGAUGCUCCAGAGAAAUUUAGUUUUUGGCUGAGGCAGAGGCCUGUACUUUUAUGGCCUAUUUAUGUGUGUCAGUGUUCUUCAAUAAUCAUCGUUUCAACAAAUGUUACUGUGUGGUUGGUUGGCGAGACUCAAUAUUACAAACAAGAAGGUCUGCACAGCUUCCUUUCGUUUUUUUCCUGCUGUAAUAUUUUGGUUUGUGCUAAUAAAAGUUUAAAGAUUGUUGUAAGUUGAGGAA